UCUCGCUCUACACGGAAACAUGGAGCUCAAGUGAUCCAACGUUAUGACUAUCUUCACGAGAGAUCUCAGCCAUAGGUUCGUUUUAUGUGUUUUAUUACCGCUUUUCAUUUUCCAAUUCCUGCCUAACGCAACCUGCCAGCAAGAGUCAGAAUCCAAGGUCACGGCGGAAUCAGUAAUUGGAAUCGUUUUGCUUUCCAUGUUCCUAUUAUGUAUAGUCGGUUGCUGCUUCUUCUAUGCAUGCCAGAGUGCAGAGAUUGAGGCGGGAAGCCGUCAAGUGCUGCACACUAGAGCAAGGCAUGGGCUCGACAAGGACAUCAUCGAGUCCUUCCCGUUUUUCCUUUACUCAGAGAUUAAAGGGCUCAAGAUAGGCAAAGGCGGAAUGGAAUGUGCAAUUUGUUUAAACGAGUUCGAGGAUGAAGAAACACUACGUUGGAUGCCUCCUUGUAGUCACACUUUCCAUGCUAGCUGCAUCGAUGUCUGGCUCUCUUCUUGGUCCACAUGUCCGGUUUGCCGUGCAAAUCUGUCUUUGAAACCUGGUGAGAGCUUUCCAUAUCCGAGCAUGGAUCUUGAAACGGGAAAUGAACAAGGAGGUGUUCAAGACGACAUAAACUUGACAGGUAACAACAAUGCAAAUUAUACAACACCUCGAUCGAGAUCUACAGGGUUAUUGUCUAGCUGGCGUAUGGCUGAGAUAUUCGUCCCUAGAUCUCAUUCGACGGGACGUUCAGUGGUUCAACUUGGCGAGAAUCUAGAACGAUUCACACUGCAGUUACCGGAUGAGGUGCAAAGACAACUGGCUAGCUUGAAUCCGACAAGGAAAAGCCUCAUGGCCUUACCUGAAGCCAGGAGUUCGAGACAGGGCUACAGGAGCGGCAGUGUUGGAAGCAAGAGAAGCAGUUUCUCUCAAGGACGACAAACAUUUCAGCGGGCCCUAUCUAUGUCUCUCUCUUUCUCUUUUCAAGAUACUUCCCAAACUAGGGACAAAGAUUCUGGUGAACGGUCGUUUGAACGCCUCAUGCCAGAGAAGGUCUAA